AUGGAAUUUCUCAAAACCUGCACCACGAACGCGCAAGCCAUCGGAGACUUCGAGGCUGUCGCAUACCAGGCCUUCUCAGUCGCGCGCAACACCACCCAGCCCAGCUCACCACUGCGCGACUGGAACCCCGCGGAAGACACGCGCGCCGUCGAAGCCGUCUUACGCGAGCGCCAGCUCUUGGUAGCGUGCGACGCGACAAAGCCGUGGCUAUGGCUCUUUGCCCCUACGACCGUCGACAAGGCCAGGUCCAGCCCGGGCGACCUGCCAGGGGUCGAAGGGUACCUGCUACACCGCGAACAAGCGGGACUGACCAGAGCCCUCGAGUUCGCACGCCCACCUUUGUCCGCUCGCUACCCCACUGCAGCAUCCUACGCCGCCUUAUCCGCCGCCCAGAGCAAAGCCACUGGUGCACGACCUACACCGGCUGGCAUCCAGAGCAAUGCUUCAGACCAGCCGCCACAGCCGCCGCAGCCGCCGCCGCAGCCGCCGCCGCCGCCGCCUGAUUGCUUCACCGUCUACGAGCUGUUCACGUCAUCCGUCAUUGCACUGAUUACCCUGGCACUAGUCAAAGAAUGCUCCGUAACCUCCUUGAACUACCGAACCUUUGUCUCCAACCCUAUUCUCCAACAGACCCGCGAACAUGGCGAGUUCGACUCCCGCACCAGCCCUCUUUGGCUUACUAGCAUCAACGUGCAGUGGGCUAGCUCUGGCACAAUGGUCGUGUCCACGCUGACCGAAAGAAGCCACGAGAUACGCUGUCUCGAUGAGCCGUCGUCUGAUACCAAACUCACAUCUCUGGUCGGCAGGUGUGUGCGAGUGGCCCCCAAUGGCAUGCUUGGAAGGAUCGUGAGCUUCGAUGAUCCCUUGCACGUCGCUACAGAGGAUCCUGCGCACCGGCCUCGAAGAAAACGAGCUAGGAGAAGCAACCUGGAGCAAAACAUGGACAAGUGGAAAGCCACUGUCAGGCGGUGGCUGGCUUGGAAAGGGUACUCUUUGCUCAAUCUCGACGACAGUCGUGCUUGGGUCAGGCUACGCACUACGCUCAACACCCAGCCAGCAGCAUCGAACUCUGGCCUUGCUUGUUCAGAGCAGGACGUGCUGUGGCCUCGGGCACUGUGCUACUACCACGAGGCGUCGAGUGAAGCAACACCCCCCUUAUCCACAUCUGGAAACGUCGCCGGUACCACCGACAGCGUGCUGCGAUGGUUCGAGGGCAUCGACUCGGCAGGCUUCAGAGACCCAUAUGACGUUGCUCAGGAAUGGUUCACAGGAAAGGCUGAACGCGACAAGAUUGCGGAAACACAGCGCAAAGCCAAGAAGGCCGAGCAAGACGCAGUUCGGCGCAAAGAAGAAAACCCAGGCCUGUUUCCAUCGUCGCCGCUCAACACGCGGGUAGGUGCGUACGGCGAGCUUCAGCCAGUCAGUGGGGUCUACCCAACGCCUCCAGAUGGCGUUGCACCUGGCGCGUCCGUCUUCGCCGGCGACACACCAAGCGUCACGGGCGCGGCUUCCAAUGUCAUCUUGGCACCUGGUGGUACCAACCCUGUCAUCAACCUGUCCGCUCCGCAAGAAAGUGCUCCGGCAGAAACAACGCAACAACCUCCCACGUCCCCAGCGUUUGCUCCAGAGAACGACCAAUUCACGGCGUCUGGUAACAACGACGAUCUGUUCGGAGAUGACAUGGACGAAGAUGGCUACGAAGAGAAUGCUGUCGGAGACGAUGACUUCGACUUCUUUGACGGGCCCAAUGACGGAGAUGGAGAUGUAGACAUGACGGACUCUCCAUCAGCUCCUGACACGAAAGUGGAGCCGCCCCCAGCCUCUGAAAAGCAGCAGGAGCCGCCCCCAAUCUCUGAAAAGCAGCAGGAGCCGCCUGCCAAUACAAAGGCAGAAGACAAAGAAGAGUCAUCCGAUCCCCUGGCAGCGCUCGAGAAAGCACUUGCUACUGCGACUAGCCAGCCACCCGUGCACCCGGCACAAAAGGUGAAGGAAGAGCAGACCUCACCCGCUGUGGUUGUCGUUGAGCGCGAUGCAGCCAAGCCAGACGCCGACGUGAACAUCCAAAUGCAGGAUCAGCAGGUGCCUUCUGCAAAAGCGCCUACGCCUCCGUUGAACCCAAACAAAAUUCGGGAGACUCUCAAAGCAUCGCCAAAGACUACAUUGACCCUUCACAUACCCCAGACACAGAUUCGAGACCGUAGAGGGAGCGCUUUCGGCCCCCUGUCCUUCAGUCGGAAGAUGAGCGUCUCUGACGCCAAGUAUCAAGACGGACGCUACGGCGUGCAUGCCGAUGUUGAACCAAAAGACAAACCUCCUGGUAAGGCUGAUCAGGCUCGACCUGAGAGCUUACGAGAUGUUCCUCUACUCACCAAGCUUCGGUAUGCAGUUGCAGUAGCAUCUGCCAUUGCUUUGCCCAAGGUCACGCCUUCCAUACAAGGAGUCAAUGACGAAUCAGACUACGAAUCAGACUCCGAGAGCGCGAGCUCUGACGUGUCCGAUGAAGAGGAUGAAGAGGUUGAAGAGGCUCCACCUACAACAUCAACCCCUUUUACAGGCGGACCUAUCGCAUCGGCCAAGAGGAAGUUGCUAACAGACGGGAACGCUACACCGCUGUCUGUGACCUCGUUUGCCGACUCCUUAGGCGGGGACCAGCUCGAGCUCCAGAACUUACACCUUGAUGACAGCUCACUCCUCACUUUUGAGCCGAGCAGCUGGGAUUGGUCUUUGGUGAAGCUUUCUCCACCUAUGGAGAGGCCGUCAGUUGGUGCCCGCUACAGCAUGCCCCUUUUCCCGCACCCUAUAGAGCGGGUACCAGAUACGCCUACCUCCCAGCCUGACCUAGCUUUCGAGCUUCUAGAGGACAAGCUUAUGAGCGGAUCAGACAACAUCAACAUCGCACAAAUGGUCACUGAGCAGGUCAUUUCAGCGACUCUCGAUAUCCUUGACGAGGAUUCGUCGACAACACCGCGGUCUGCCCAUCCCGGCUUGACGGAGAUGCGCUGGGUUGCGGUCAUCAAGAGCCUGUUCCCGAAAGCUGUUGACUGUACGUUACCUGCAUUAGCUGCAGUCAAUGAUGUAUUCCCAGAUGUGUCAGCACACGCAAAAGGGCAACAGAGGGUCCCAGCACGAAAACCGAACGAAACACCGGCCAUACCUAGCAGCCAGAUUUACUUGAUCAAUCCGCCCUUCAUCAGGGUCCGGCGCGCAGAGACCCCUUGGGACUUACUACCACCGGCAAUGGCUUUCUGGGAGCCACUUGGGCUGGCGCCAGUCAGCGGACCGAAGAAUGUCGUCGCAUUUUGUGUCUACCCACACAGUGACUCGCUCAGACCGUGCUUGGAGAGCUUCCUCCUUCACAUGCAGCUCGCCUACGAUAGCUGCAAGCUGGGUACCCAUACGCGAAUCGAGACCGUGAGCGAGUACGAGAGCGGCCUGGUACCCUGCAGGGUUCCUACACCUGCAGCCCCUCGGGCUGUCUACAAAGCGCUGCGCGAAACCUGCAUCCAACUCGGAAAGGUUUUAGCUGCGAGGCACGGCCACAUCAGUGAACAGCAUGAGGCCAAGGUCGAUGCCUUCAUCAUCUACAUGGUCAACCCGUUCGAUACCCCUUCCGCCCUAUGGGAACUUUGCGCUUCAUUCUGGACACUGUUCCAAACAUAUGGCCAAGGCCCAGCUCACCCCAAUCAGCCCCAAAAGCCCGAUCUUGUCCUUCAAAUCAUACCCAUCAAGUACAUCGCCUCAUUCGAUCACCCCGUCAUCCUUUCGAGUCACAUUUAUAUCCACCUCGCGCGCGAAGUAUACAACCGCAGCCCGCCCAGCACUGAACCUGAGGACAAAACACCCCUCCCGAUCGCCUCCGCUCCUGCCUUCCAACUCGAAGAGCCCAUUCCCCGCAACGUCCCAUUCAAGCUGCAGUCCGACCCUCCACAAGAUCUGCUGAGGGAGAACUCGUACAUGCACCUCGCCUACGCCAUCAGUCUCGACGGGAUAUGGCUGACUGCUGCUUGGACGGACAGCUGCGGGAAGAGUCAAGCUACGAGUACGUACCACCUCGGUACGCGUCCAUUCAACGAGCUUGCAAAGGAAAUCUGGGCGACCACCAUCUCGAUCUUGCAGGCGAGGAAGGUGCAUUGGCGCGUGUGCAUUGCGCGGGCGGGCGUCAUGGAUAGAGAAGAGCUGGAGACAUGGGUGUACUUGAUAUCCUGUCCCACGCAACUCAAUCUCUUCACCACACUCAUCGCUGUCGACACGCAACCUUCAUACAGGUUCACUCCUCCGACGUCAACUUCAACAAGUCAAAGCAACCCCAACACUCCAGCAGCCACGCCCGGCGCAGGCGUGUCUCCAGACCCCACGCUGGGCCUCACACCAGCCGCAACCCCCUCUGCUCUCGAUCCUCCCGCGGAUCCAACACAAGACCUGGAUGCGCGACUCGUCGACAUAACAGAUGAGACAUGGGGCGUCAUCCUCGCGCACCGCCUGCACAACAGCAACUCCACGAACCAAUUCAACCCUGCGCUCAUCUCGGGACUGCUUGUCAAACGCGGCCCUAGCCCCUCUGCAGGGGGAGCCGCUCAAGAAACAGGAGACAAGGAACAAGGCCCGAUCACCGUGGCAGUGAACAUCCUCUGGAUCGGCGCCGUCGGCAGCACCCGCGCUGCCACCUCGCCCUUUCCACCUACACCCGGCGGCUCCGAACCGCCCUCGCAUCCCGCUGCUGGCUCCUACCUCUCACACGGCUCACAGUCGUCAACUGGUGGUGGGGGUGGUGCAGGGGCGGGCAGCGCGCCCCAAACCUCGACUCAAGGACCACCACAGCAGACGAGCAGUCUGAUGUGGACGCCCACACCGCAGACGCGCGUGACGGCGGAGAAUCUGCUCAAGGAGAUACUGCAGCAGUUCAGGGGCUUGGGGCUGCUUGCGAAAUUGAAGGGGAUGACGGGGACGAGACACGGGGCGGUGCCGUGGCAUGUGAGCGCCGCGCAGAGGGGGGUUGAGGGCAUUGGGAAGGUGACGGGAGGGCGGUGACGUUUGCUUUAUUGGCGUUUUUGGGAUGGGAAUGAUGGGUUCGGGAGUUGGGGGCGCGGAUAGAUUGCAUGACUACGGUUGUGUAUGGCGUUUGGGUUUUGGGGUUCUAGUAGUGAACAUCAGCGUCAUG